GGGUUCUUGUAUUGCUCAUAAAUUUGAACAAGGAAGUGAGUCAUGCGUUUAAUCACUGACGGUAAUAAUACGUUUCCCGCAUAAGCCGUGUACACAAAUGUAACGGAGACCGUUGACCAACGUACACAGAACAAGGAAGCCACACAUACAACGAGGGAACUAUAACUAGCUAAACUGGUCAACAUUAGAAAAUCAAGAAAGCGCGAGUUUGCAUUACAGUACAACCAGCAAUCAUCGAUCACAGUGGAUUUUCAACACAAUUCGAAAGCUUUAAGUGGGUGAAAUGAAGAGGGAAGUGAAUGCCGGCGUGGACUUCCUGCGACGCCUCGCGCACGAGCGCGGCGGCGUGGACGAGACGAGGGCCAAGCGGUUCGCAGACAAGCUGAAGGACCUGCUCUGCGAGAAGUACGCCCACCACUGGUACCCCGAUAACCCCAGCAAGGGGCAGGCCUUCAGGUGUAUCAGGAUAGACAGCAGGGGUCCCAGCGAUGAGCCUGUGCUGAAGGCCUGUGCGGACAGUGAGCUCAAGCCGUCUGAACUGGCCCUGCCCCACGAGCUCACACUGUGGAUCGACCCCCUGGAUGUGUGCGCAAGGAAAGGGGAGGGCUGCCGCUACUUCACGGUCGCUCAUUUCAAAGAGCACAGCGAGGAGGAGGAGGACAGCGCUCUGAGAGACGGCAAGGGAGGGGCAGACGCCGCUGGCGAUCCGGACACCUCCGACUAUCACUCAGCCAGCUCCUCCGACUGCGGCUCCGCGAUCUGCAGCGACGCCGAGGAGGAGGGGAAAGAGCGAGGCGGCGAGGGAGGAACGAAGGAAGAGGAAAAGAAGAGUGUGGAGAAGGAGGGAGCCGCGCCUUUCGUGAUCGCCAUGAAGCCCAGGCUCAGGCAGCCCAGGGAGCCCAAAGACCCUCGUAAAGGCAAGAAGUCCCAGGCUCCCAGCCUUCAGUACUUCUACUCUCCGGCUCCCAUGUGGCCCCAGUACAAGAAGAAGGGGCCAGUGUUCCUGUCCACCGUGUGCCCCCCUCCAGCGACUCCAUUCCUGGGGUACUACAUUCUUCCAAAACCGCCACCACAGUUCAUCAUGCCCCAGGCCACCCUGCAGCCCUGGGGUGCCGUGAAGGGCUAACCCAGCCCGUGCCUGAGACCUGCUGGAGCACACUGUGGUGCUACUUUUAGGGGAUAUGCCAUCAGUAUUUCACCAAAUCUCUUUUCAUGAGUAAAUACAAUGAAUUGUAUGCAAGCAGAAGCUUUGGGCUGGAAGCUACUCCAUACAUUGUUUUUAAUCUCACACGCAUCACAGUGUGCAGUUGGUGAUGCGUGAUGCUCAAGGGUGGCAUCAUUCUGUCUAAAUGUUAUUCCAUCUUGGCCGACGUCUGACUACCAGCCUUAUAAUAUGCGAGUCUGUCUGCUUGUGUUAAUGCUUUUUUACAUUUUUUUAUUUUAUCUGACCUGUGUCCAAAUAUUACCUCUUCACUGCUGCAACAAAUUUUUAAGUGCAAGUUGAUUUGCCAAACUGGACUAGCACAACCACUGUACUAAACAAUGAUUCCUAUAUAAUGUGAUUGCCAGCUAUGUUAAUAUUGCUAUUAUAUGUAUAUUAGAGGAAAGAGUGAGGCUAUAUAUCUAACCUAAACCAGCAACAUCUGUUAUUGCAGAACAGUCCAACAAGCUUUUGGUUUGGUGUUGUAAUUUAUUUAAUCACCUCCAGGGGGCAUUGCAAUCACAGCCAAAAAAGCCAUGUUUUUAACUUAUUUAUGGUUAAUCUUCUCUUAUUUCUAUAGUUCUGUUGCGUAUUUAUUUUGUUUUCUAUGCACAAUUUUUAAUAUAUAUGUAUCAUGUGUUUAUAUAUCCUUAACAGUCACUACUGUUUGUAUCAGGGAAGCAAUUGUACUCAGUGUGGUGAGUUUCUUGCCAAAUGGGUAUUCCAAUUAUGUAUGUUUCUCAUUUUUGAUUUGUAUUUUUAUACUGACUUCAAAUGUCCCAAGUGGUGAACGUGAUGCAAUGAACAUGUUGAUUUGUAAAAUAAUGCCAUUUGAAACAAAUUUGCAAUGCUGCACUUUGUAAGUUGCUCUUACUGCUUUGUAGAGCUAAUUUGAUGAUUAACAGUCUUCUUGAAGAAAACCAUGAACUGCAUUUUUUCUCCUUAGGUGCUCAUAUCCUACAGAUUUUAAAGUAGUAUCUCACUGCUUUUACUUUGCUUUCCACCUGUUUUUCCUGCACAUUUUAUCAAUUGUUCUGACUCAGAGCACCCAAGUUUGGCUUGCUAAUUUAUGUACAGCUGUCUCACACCACUAAUUUGUCUUGAUAUGUGAACAUCUAUUUUUGUACAAUGGGCAGCAAUACCUUUAAAAGCACAACUGGAGAAAGAAAUUAUAAUAAUCAAGUCACUGUGUUGCUUUCUUGUCACUGCAUUUUCAAUUCCAAGAACAUUUGUUUGUAGAAACAAGUGAAAUGAGAUGAGGCAGGUGCACACCGUGUGUAUCCCGUGUGGUCUUCUGUUGUUCUGUAAAAGGAACUGACCUUGGGUCUGGUGCAGCUCCCUAUUGUGCUCCCCAGUAACAGGAAGUAGAUAUUGCUUUGGUUGGUUCUUGACUGAGGAAGGCACACAACCAAAUUAGAUGCUACAUUAUUCUCUUUGGUCUUCAGAUAAUUUAGCUCAAGACACAUUUUGGUUCUUAAGGCUCUGUGCCACUCAAGGUAACUUGAGCAACAAUACCGGUUGCUUUUUUUCUGUCUGCAUCUGAGGUUUAAAGUCUCACCCCCUUCGAUUUAUGUUUGUAAAUCCAGUGAGCUCUUAAGAUGAUCAUGACCUUGUUACUAAGAUGUACGUAUGUGGUGUAAACAGGUUAUUUUUUUUGGUGGUGUUUUUUUAAAAAUGGCAUGAGAUUGCCAGUGGCUGCCGUCAGCAGCACUAACAGAGGAAGCCCUUCCGGAAGGAUCCGCAUGGGGUUAACACGUCACACAAACCAAGGUCAGGAUGCAAUUCCUCUUAACUUCCUCCAGAAGCACUAACCUGUGGUGUUUUUUUUGACAGCUCUGGCUGUCAGCAAUGAGUUGUUCUCUAGUACAUAGGAUGAUUCUGUUUUGCCAGAGUCGAAAGUUAAUGCAAUUCUAUCAAAAGAGAAACGAAAAAGGUGAAAAAGGCUGGCCUUACAGUUCUAUGUGGUUGCACAUGCUUUUUUGGGGGGGUUUUGUUUGUUUAUAGAUCGUGUGUGCGUGUAAUGUCAUCUUUAAAUUUCAAUUUGUUUAUGGAAUUCAAAGGGCUUGGCAUCGGUCCAGUCAUUGUAUUGACAAUGAGGCCUACUUCCAAUGCCUGAAAAUUUUCAAAAGUACUGGUAGGCUAACUACCCUACUUCAUUGAAUGCAUCCAAGUGCUAUCCAGUGUGAUUAAAAUGAGCUCUCUCGAUUGCUGAUA